AGCGAUGAUCAUUCCUGAAUUUUUGAUGGUCGUCCCACUUAUCAAGUUCGCAUUUCACACAGAUUGAUGCUCGUUGAAUCUACCUACAAUCAGCCACUAUCUCGAAGAAGAGUCAGCCACACGAGAGAGCAUCACACUCAGCAGAUGGGUGGCACUGGCACACCCACGUCCCCACGCACUGCAGUGCAAUGCAGUGCAAUCACUGAUGCCCUCUCUGUACACGCGCACAUACGCACUCAACAGACACACACAGUAGAAACACGAAAUACAAGACACAGUGACCACAGCCAUUCAGACAGACAGCAAGGACGGCCUGUACACGUACAGAUCAGGUCUAACUUAUCUUCCACAGACAACGGACUCGGACGAAGGCACAUACCAUACCCCCUCUCUCUUCGAUGGGCCAGGCCAGCAGCUGUCUCUACAUACAACACCUGUGCGAAUGUCCGCACCCCAAAUCACAACAGGUGGGUGCCUAUCUACACAGAAUACACACAAGCAGCCAGAAAUGGCCGCCCUCGCCACGUGAAAUGCCCGGUAUGAACGACACGAAGGAGGUGGGCACAACCAUCAGUCAGUCAGUUUGACACGUACAAACAAUCCCGGUGAAUAGUGACGCCAGCCAACCGGUCAGCCACAUGAACAAACAACAAUAAGCACGCCACGCACCAGCACCACCGUGGCAUGGUCUUCUAGUCCUGGUGGAUCCAGAAGGCCAAAUAGGGCUGCACACACACCACACACACACGCAGGGAAAGCACACAUCCAUCCGGCUCUCGUGUGUGUGUGUGUGUGUGUGUGUGAAGAGAGAGAGAGAACCAGUGUGUGGGCGGCUGACUGACCUGGUGUUUGUUUGGUUGUGGGAUGCGCCUCUCCGUGUCGCUCCCUGGCAUGGUAACGCACUGCCCGAAGUUAUAGCUCUUAACCUCAAAGACGAUGUCCAUCUUCACAUCCUGGCUCACACGCUUCAUCAUCUGGCCUGGUUUCUUGACCAGGUCCUCGAUGAAGUCGUCGGUGAUAUACUCGAUGAGCCCGUUGGCGCUUUUGCCCAUCUUGCGAGAGAUGGUCUUGAUCUGCCGCUGCACCUGCUGCACCAUCCAGGCGACCGUGAAGGUCCCCAUGCCUCCUCCCAACACGUCCUUGGCGACGGCGUCCGCCGCCUGGAGAUAGUGGCCGUAUCCGAUCUCCUCACCUACACCACACACACACACACACACCAUAUGUGAUAAUGUGAGCUGUCUGUGUGGUGUCCAAUCCCUCUCUCACUCACUCACCCCAGAAGAUUUCGCCGCAUGGAAAGCCCCCAACAUCUGAGCUGCAUCGCGGCUCAUAUCUCUCGUUGACUUCCGCCUUCACCUCCGCCCGAUUCGUGCACUCCCGGAUAUAGUUGUCGAGGCCAGUGAAGUCCAUGAAGCGAUCGCGAAGGUCUUCACCGACGUUUCGCACACGUGAAACACUAUCGUGAUAGACCUCUUGAGCAUCGUCAAAGGUCUGCCGAGCACCGUCCCAAGCAUCCUUGACGGGCGCCACAGCAUUAGCAAUAGGCUCCUGAACCGUCUCUUGCAAGUCCUCUAGGGGCUCCUGAACCACCUCUUGAAGGUUGUCGGCCGCGUUCUCAAAGCUGUCCUGCAGAGCGUCGACCUUCUGCCCCAUAUCCUGUGCAACGUCUACCGCCCGCUCCCCAAUAUUCUGCACAGCGCCGGCCGUGUCCUUCGCGGCAUCCGCAAAUUGAUCGCCCGCGUCCUGCACUCUGUCGAUCGCGUCCUGCACCGGCUUCACGACUUGAUCGCGCGCCUUCUCUGCAGCCCCUGUGAUGUCACCGACGGAGACGGAAGGGACGGAAGGCCAGAGCUUGCGGAAUGGACCAGAUCCACUGGUAAGGGAGCCCACCACCUCCUGGAGCCCUUGGGGCGGCUCGCGUAUCUCACCAGCUUCUUGAGAGGCCCAGUCAGCUGCAUCCCGGGUUCCCUGGACGACGUUCUCUCCAGCUUGCUGCACAGGCCGUGUGACGUCCCCGAUUGACCGAGGAAACAGUCUGCGGAAUGGGUUGAUUCGGUCAACGACGUCGCGCACUGCCUGCGUCCUCUCCUGGAACCCUUGGGGCAGCUCCCGUAUCUCAGCGACUUCUUGUUUUGCUCUUUCAGCAACAUCUCGGGCCCCCUGCACCACGUCCGCCGCAGCUUGCUGCACAGGCCGUGUGACGUCGCCCAACGAAAUCAGCUUGCGAGGCUUCGCGCCCAAAGGGGGCGCCUGAGUGAAAAUGACAGUCACAUACAGGAGGACACAUCAAGACAGGUUUCAGCAGGCCUCCCUCAGCUGUCAGUCACUUACCGAUGACACCGCAGAGAUUGCAAGAGCGAGGGCCAAUAGGACCAGCUUCGACAUGACGGCGGCUGUGUGAUCUGGUCCUCUGUCGGGUCGAGCUGUGGUCAAACGAAGACAGGGAGACGGACCCGAGCAGCAGACGAUUGAUGCAACCAAGGGGAAUGGACAGUGGAGAUGAGAUGCUGGUUGGAGAUGGAGGUGAGGAAGG